CACACACACAGAGAGAGAGACUGAAACCCAGAAGUUAAAGAAAAGAAGUCUGGUUUAGAGCAGCAAAUAAUCAAGAUGAAGACUUCUGCCAAACAAAUGUAAAGGAGUACCCAUGGAUAUCAGUGAAGAGGAGUCGGCCCCUCUGAUGAUCAGAGACCGGGGAGGCAGCCAGAGGUCCAGUUCGAGCACUGGUCCCGGUUUACAAGUACACCUCCACUUCAUCCCUGGCACAAAGGAGGCAACGGCAAUACAGAUUUCGUCUGGCCACAUCUCUGCUGAAGAUGUCUGCAUCCAAGCAGGAAAAAAAUGUGGAAUCUUACCCGUGUACCUAAGUCUUUUUGGGUUGGCAUCUUCUGAUCUCUCAUUUUGGUAUCCUCCAUCGCACAUGUUCAACACAGAUGAAAACUUAAAAGUCCACUUUAGAGUCAGGUUUUUCUUUGGAAACUGGCUUGGGCAAGGAUUAAGAACGUCGUACCGCUACGGUCUGACCAGAGAUGGAAUCAGUCCAGUGCUUGACUGCAGUGUCAUUGACUAUCUAUUUGCUCAGUUGCGAAGUGACUUUAUUGCUAGCGAGGCAGGAGUUUCCCCACCUUUGAGCACUCAAGAGGAAUGCCUCGGCCUUGCAGUACUGGACUUGUGGAGGAUGGCUAAUGAGCGCCAUCAGACUGUUAGAGAGCUCUGCAAGACUGUCAGCUACAAAUCGUGCCUACCUGAGUCACAUCGCCAAGACAUCCAGAAACGAAACCGUCUGGAUCGUUAUCGAAUCAGAAACACCCUCAAGCGUUUCUUAAAGAAGCUUGCAAGCUGCUCUGUGGAUGAAUGCAGCUUGAAACUCAAAUACCUGAUUGAACUGGCUGGCAUCGUGCCUUAUCUUGGAAGCGAAACCUUCAAAGUGGAUCCUUCUAGCUCCCCUUCAGCUUUCAGUCUCAUGCGAGUGACUGGGGAAACUGGAAUUGAAACUGGUGGAAGCUGUCAUCCUGAUAGUUCCCUGGAGUGGCAGACCUUCUGUGAUUUCCAAGAAAUCAUUGACAUCAGUAUAAAGAGGGUGUGUCAUGAGCAGGUUCUCCAAGAAAGCAGGAUGGUGACAAUAACCCGCAAGGAUGAUGUAUGCUUGGAAGCCAAGUUCAAGGGUCUAAAAGAAGCACUUUCAUUUGUGUCACUUGUCGAUGGCUACUUCAGACUGACCACAGACUCUAGCAACUACUUCUGCCAAGACAUUGCUCCCCCAAGUAUACUGGAGGGUAUAAAAAACCAUUGUCACGGCCCAAUCACAUCUGAGUUUGCAGUCCACAAACUGAAAAAAUCGGGAUUUAAAGGCGGCACAUUCCUUGUCCGGCAGAGUCCGCAGAACUAUGACAGCUUCUUCCUCACUGUGUGUGUUCAGACCCCACUUGGACUUGAUUAUAAAGACUGCCUCAUUAUAAAGAAUGAGCACUACAGUCUUCCUGGUGUCCAGAAAACAUUUUCCAGCUUGACAGAGCUCACCAGCUAUUACCAGCACACAAAGCUGCUGCUGGCUGAAGUACCUGUCAAGUUGACCCGCUGCUGUCCGCCCCGACCCAAAGAGCUCACAAAUCUCAUCAUCAUACGCAGCAGCGAAGCUGUGGAAACUCAAGGGUCCCCAGCACUUGAAAGGAACAAAUUCAGUCAUAUCCAGUUCCACAUGAUCAGAUAUGAAGACCUGAAAUGGGGGGAAAGCCUGGGACAGGGAUCCUUCACACGAAUUUUUGUAGGCUACAAAACAGACGUUCAUGACGGGGAGAAACACGUGACAGAAGUCCUACUGAAAGAGCUUGACGCUGCUCACAAGAAUUGCUGGGAGUCAUUCUUUGAAGCUGCCAGCUUGAUGAGUCAGAUUUCCCACAAACAUCUCCUCCUUGUUUACGGUAUUAGUGUUCACGGAGUAAAAAACAUCAUGGUGCAGGAGUUUGUCAAGUACGGCGCCCUCGACCUUUACUUGAAGAGAAGGAAAUCUUUGUCAGUGAGCUGGAAACUCGAUGUAGCCAAACAGCUCGCGUCUGCCCUCAACUUUCUGGAAGAGAAAAACAUCGUUCAUGGAAAUAUCUGUGCCAAAAAUCUACUGCUGGCCAGAGAAGGUGAACCAUCAAAGGGCAGCUCCCCUUUCAUCAAGCUGAGCGACCCGGGCAUCAGUGUGGCCAUGCUAGGCAAGGAUGUUAUUCUGGACAGAAUCCCCUGGGUGGCCCCUGAGGUGCUGGAGGUCCCAGACAACCUGACCCUGGAGUGUGAUAAGUGGAGCUUUGGUGCCACUAUAUGGGAGAUCUUCAACAAUGGGAACACUCCACUGCAAGGCUUGGACCUGAAAGGGAAAUUGCAGUUUUAUGAGGAGUUCCAGCAGCUGCCUCCCUCCCAGUGGAUGGAGCUAGCUGAUCUCAUCAGUCAGUGUAUGCACUACCAGGCAGCCUUCAGACCUUCUUGUCGCUGUAUUAUCCGUCAACUCAACAGUCUGAUCACUUCAGACUAUGUAAUACUCCAUUCCACUGAGCCCGUCACACAGAGCCCUGUGUGGAGAUCCCUCAACCCUCAGCAAAACCAGACAUUGUUUGAGGAGAGACACCUACGCUACAUCUCCCCCCUGGGAAAAGGAAACUUUGGCAGUGUUGAACUUUGCCGUUACGACCCGCUGGGUGAUAACACGGGCGAGCUGGUCGCUGUGAAGAGGCUGCAGCCCAACAAGCAGUCAACCAAGGAGGACUUCCAGAAGGAGGUCAACACCCUCGGCGUCUUGCACUGCGACUACAUCGUCAAAUACAGAGGAGUCUGCUACAGCAUGGGUCGCCUCAGUAUGAGCUUGGUGAUGGAGUACCUGCCCUACGGCAGCCUUAUUGGCUACUUGGAGAAUAACCGACAUAAUGUCAGCACCAGGCGGAUGCUGCUCUUUGCUUCUCAGAUCUGUAAGGGGAUGGAGUACCUGCAGACCCUGCGUUAUGUGCACCGAGACCUCGCAGCCAGAAAUAUCCUUGUGGCCAGUGAGUCGCUGGUGAAAAUCGCUGAUUUUGGGCUGACCAAGAUUAUUCCUUUUGACAAGGAGUACUACCGGGUCACCCAGCCUGGCGAGAGCCCCAUCUUCUGGUACGCCCCAGAGUCCAUCACUGAGUCCAUAUUCUCCCACAAAUCAGAUGUCUGGAGUUUUGGAGUUGUUCUUCAUGAGCUCUUCUCCUACUGCAACAUGAACUGCAACCCAAAAAGACUGUGCAUGCAGGAGAUUGGACACAACGUGCAGGGUCCAUCCAUUUCAAUGCAUCUGGCAAAUAUUCUGAAGAAUAACUGGAGGUUGCCAGCUCCUCCACUCUGCCCACCCCAGGUGUACAGUUUGAUGAAGCAGUGCUGGGUGUACAACUUCGACGAGCGGCCGUGUUUCUCCAGCCUGGGAAACCAAAUUGAAACUAUCAUGCAGGAUGACAGAGAGAACCCUAAAGGCUGACGAGGAACCUUGUUGCCGCUCACAGUUGAACUCAGUAUGAAAUGACACAGUGUCAUUCACUGUCCACAUGGAAAGUUUACACAGUUAACAAAGGUGCAGUUAUAGAUGCAGUUGACAUGCAGUCAUAUAAGUGUUCACAUAUAAACUUGUUAUCAACAAAUAAUAGAACAUUUACCAAAAGCAGGUGGAAAAUAAAAGUGACCCUGAUGAAACUCCAGUUCUAUACAUGCGUAGAUUAUUGAAGGGCGUUACACACUCUCCCUCUGGACAAACACAUCAGCCAAGGACAAGUUAUUAAUCGUCUAAGAACAUAUUGUGGUACAUUUCAUCAUAUUUUCCUAUGUCAAAUAAAUACAAAUCUUCACACACAAUACGUGGACAAGCUGAACACUGCUUUAAUGCUCAGUUCUCGCAUUUCUACAUGUGGUGCAAGACAAAAGUUGUUUGGGAAUAACAUUUCAACAAUAUUUAACAAUAUAUAGCUAUAGCUUAACUUAACAAUAUUUAACUAGAACUCUCUCUCAUGCCAGGAUUAUGACUUAAUAAAAUACUUGUUAAUUCAGGAAAUGCAAAGUACAAUGCAAAGGGCACCGUGAAACAUUUGUAUAAUAGAAAACUUUUAUGACUUUAUAUAUGGCUGUGUCUAAAGGGUUCAACGAAUUAAAGAAACUGAAGAAAGGUUUUAAGCUUUGUGUUGGAAAUGUAUAAACAAAAAAUAGAUUUUGCAUCUAAUAUUUUACUUUUAUUUUCUCUUUUAUAGUGUGGUAGUGCUGUGUUGCAGGGAAAAAUGUGUUGUGUUUUGUAUUCAUUCAUAUUUGCAUCCUUUGCCAUGUUUGAAAUAAAACAAUGUUGUUGCAGUAGCUUUUCUAAAUAUUUACUGACAUAUCUGAACUCAGUUCUCUGAAAUCCCUGAAGCACUGAAGGGUCUAAAAUACAUGGCUUAAAAAAAUGAAUGAAUAAAUAAUUUGCAUUCAUACAAAAUGUAUCUACAAGGGUUUUAUCAAAAAAAUUGUGAAACAGUUCUUAAAUCAAAGGCA